ACGCCGAAUACACAGUGGGGGCUGGCGGCGGUGGCUGCGGGGUUUACCCCUCGUCCUUCCCCAGUCCCGUCGAGCAGUGGGAGGGCAAGUGUCCGAGACGCUGCUUCCCGCCCCGGCAGCAUCCGGCCAGAAGGCGCCCUCGCCGUCACCCAGGCGCUGCAUGGUGAGGGCCCAGCGGCCAGUCCCUUUGGGGCGUCUGGCGGCUUCUUCCGCCCCGCGGCGCCCUGCGCUCUCCGCCUUAUUUCCGCUCUCCCCCGCUGCCUUCCGGCCGCUUCCCACCUGUGCUGCCUUCCGUGUUAUUUUCCUGACACCCUCACGCCGACGACCAACGACCGCUGCAGGCCCGGGCCGACGUCUGGCCGUUGUAAGGCCCGCGCGUCCCCUGGAGGCUUUGGGACGCCGUCUGGGGCGUCCCGACGGCUGGGUGAGAUUCACCAGUCUGGUGUCAGAAUUGAAUUCAGGCUGGGAACUGCAACCAUGAAUGAAGAAAAUAUAGAUGGAACAAAUGGAUGCAGUAAAGUUCGAAAUGGUACUCAGAAUGAAGCAGCAUUACUUGCUUUGAUGGAAAAGACUGGUUACAACAUGGUUCAGGAAAAUGGACAAAGGAAAUUUGGUGGUCCUCCUCCAGGUUGGGAAGGUCCACCUCCACCUAGAGGCUGUGAAGUUUUUGUAGGAAAAAUACCUCGUGAUAUGUAUGAAGAUGAGUUAGUUCCUGUAUUUGAAAGAGCUGGGAAGAUAUAUGAAUUUCGACUUAUGAUGGAAUUUAGUGGUGAAAAUCGAGGUUAUGCUUUUGUGAUGUACACUACAAAAGAAGAAGCCCAAUUAGCCAUCAGAAUUCUUAAUAAUUAUGAAAUUCGACCAGGGAAGUUUAUUGGUGUGUGUGUAAGCUUGGAUAAUUGUAGAUUAUUUAUUGGAGCUAUUCCCAAGGAAAAGAAGAAAGAAGAAAUUUUAGAUGAAAUGAAGAAAGUUACAGAAGGAGUUGUAGAUGUCAUUGUUUAUCCAAGUGCAACUGAUAAGACCAAAAAUCGUGGUUUUGCAUUUGUGGAAUAUGAAUCUCACAGAGCUGCUGCUAUGGCAAGGAGGAAACUAAUUCCAGGAACAUUCCAACUAUGGGGCCACACCAUUCAGGUAGAUUGGGCUGACCCAGAGAAAGAGGUGGAUGAGGAAACCAUGCAGAGAGUUAAAGUUCUUUAUGUAAGAAAUUUAAUGAUCUCAACUACAGAGGAAACAAUUAAAGCAGAAUUCAAUAAAUUUAAGCCUGGUGCAGUUGAACGGGUAAAGAAACUUAGAGAUUAUGCUUUUGUUCACUUUUUCAACCGAGAAGAUGCAGUGGCUGCCAUGUCUGUUAUGAAUGGAAAAUGCAUUGAUGGAGCAAGUAUUGAGGUAACACUAGCUAAACCAGUAAAUAAAGAAAACACUUGGAGGCAGCAUCUUAACGGUCAGAUUAGUCCAAAUUCUGAAAAUCUGAUUGUGUUUGCUAACAAAGAAGAGAGCCACCCAAAAACUCUAGGCAAGCUGCCAACUCUUCCUGCUCGUCUCAAUGGUCAGCAUAGCCCAAGUCCGCCUGAAGUUGAAAGAUGCACUUACCCUUUUUAUCCUGGAACAAAGCUUACUCCAAUUAGUAUGUAUUCUUUAAAAUCCAAUCAUUUUAAUUCUGCAGUAAUGCAUUUGGAUUAUUACUGCAACAAAAAUAACUGGGCACCACCAGAAUAUUAUUUAUAUUCAACAACAAGUCAAGAUGGGAAAGUACUCUUGGUAUAUAAGAUAGUAAUUCCUGCUAUUGCAAAUGGAUCCCAGAGUUACUUCAUGCCAGACAAACUCUGUACUACAUUGGAAGAUGCAAAGGAACUGGCAGCCCAGUUUACAUUACUUCAUUUGGACAGGGAACACAAUCUGUUCAGCCUGGACCUGUGUAGAAGAAUUUGGAGAAAAUAAACAGGUCUUCUCAAAACAUUCAACAUGCUGGUAUACCUUGAACCACCAAGAUGGUAAACAGUAUUAUAAAUUCGAUAUAUUUGGAGUUAGUGUGUUAUUUAUAGAUUAUCCAAGUAUUUCUCAAAAGUAUCUGAAAAUAGGACUCUCUUGUUUUUCAACCUUAAACCCAAAUCUUAUUGAAACAGUUUGGGAUAAAAGUUGUAUUUACUAAGACUUAGUGUUUAGUUUAUUCAACAAGGUACUUCUUGAGGAAGAUAAGUUUUAGUAGGAAGUUGAAAGAUAGCUUAUUUGAGUCAAGAUUAUUACUUUACAAAGUCUUUUUUUACAUGUAGAGGCAAAGGAAUGUGAUGUUUUCUAGGAUGUAAUUCAUGUACUACAUCUGUGUCCUUGAGUAAGUUAACUUGACCUUUUUGUGCUUCACUUCCUCAUUGACAAAGGGGAUAAUAAUAGUACUUAAGUCUGUUAUGUGGAUUCAGUUGUACUAAUCUUGUGUGGUUAUUUUUAUCACUUAAUAAUAUUGCCAUUACAAUUAAUAUAAUCUGUUCUCAGACUCAGAGAGAAAUGCUUGUUAUACUUGAGACUUAAAUUUUAUUUUUACAGAUCUUAAUCUUAGCAUAAAAAUUCAAAUAAGUGAUGCCAGUCUUAGAGGUCCUUCCAACUUUUUAUAGUUCAAAAUUUGAGUUACAAGGACUGAUUUUACUUACAGAAAUAAAACUUGAAAAGAAUUGCUGUAUUUUCUAAGGCUUUUCUUUUUUGCCCACAUGGUUUUAGUGAGCGACAACUUUUUUUUUAACCUAUACUGAAGCCUACCUAGAUUGCUGCAGCUCUGAAUGUAAUUUUUUCUCUCAUAAGCUGCUGUUCUAGUACUCACUUUCCAAAUGGCCUAAAAGGAGUUGGACAUAAUUAUCUCUUAAUACAAAGGUAGCAAACUAGAAGCUCUAGAUGUACUUUUUUUUAAUGGAAAGCAACUAGACUUAUUUUCAGUACAAAUAAGUAUCUGUUGUUUUAUUCUUGACCCUCUUUGUGUUCUUUUUGUUUGUGUGUUGCCUUGCCUCUGAAGGCAUUUGAGCUUUUAAUUGCUGUGUUUAAUAUAUUUGAAGAUUUUGUUCUGUUUUGUUUUUAAUGUUUUCCCAUUAUGUAUUAACUCCAUUAAGAUUUCUUCCUUGAUAUUCAAAAUUCAGUGAAAUAACUGCUUCUAAGGUCAAACAGGUUUGGGAAAAACUGUAUACUAAAUACUUCCUUUGGAAAAUCAUAGUGCAUACUAGCAUCCUAGGUAAUUGAGGUAGCAACCUGUUUAAUGUAUAAGCCUAUCUGUUCUAAAUUUUUCUUGAGAUUAUUUGGCUAUAGGAUGCUUGUUUUAAGAAAUUCUUGCACUUUAAUUGUACGGGAUGUGGUUUGGGAAAUACUGAAGCUAACCCAAAGACACACUUGAGUUUAAUUUGUUUUUAUUUAAUAUGUUUCUGACUUUAUUGAGGUAUAAAUAAAAUACAACAAAAUGCCCAUACUUAAAGUGUACAAUUCGGUUCAUUUUAAUUUAUGUCUAUAUCUAUGAAAUGACACCACAGUUAAGAAAACAAACAUUUCCUUCACCCUCAAAAGUUGCCCCAUGCCCCAUUGUAAUCCAUUCUUCCUUCCAUUCUCAUUCUCAGGCAACCACUCUAGAUUAGUUUGCAUUUUCUAGAAUUUCAGCCCCUUGCUUUCGAAGGUUUAAAUUGUAAUCUUUAGAUAAUUUAAAAUUUCAUUUUAAAGAAAUUUCAUUUCUUUAUUUCCUCUGCUUAUUUAGCUCUUGAUUUUCUGUACUAGAAUAGAAAGUACAAAAUAAAUGAUAGAUAUUAUUUAUACUAAUAUGAUAUUUUAAUCUCUGUGUUUGAACCCAGCCAUAUUUUAUGUUCUGGGAAUGUAUAGUAGUAGUAUAGCUAAAAAAAAAAAAAAAAAAAAAAAAAAAAAGUUUUGUUUUGUUUUGUUUUGUUUUUUUCAGAUAAAAUUUAGUGUUUGAGAAAGUAAGUUAUUGAGAUAGUUAUUUCAGUUAUGGUUAUUGAAUGUUAGAAAUUGAAAUAAUAAUAAAAUGGUACAAUAAGCUUUUUUUAAAAAAAUUUCAAUACAGAUCUCAUAGGUAUCUAAAGAAAUGCUUAAAAUAUGUGUUAAAGGUCUGAUAAACAUACUUCGUAGAUGAAAAGAUCAGGUGUCUCAUCCUUAACACUGGUGGGAAUGUAAAAUAGUAUAGUCUUAACUACCUUGGAAAACAGUUGAGCAAUUUCUCAAAAAGUUAUACGGGGAAUUACUGUAUGACUCAGCAGUUUCAUUCCUAGUUACUUACUAAAGAGAAUUUAAAACAUAUGUUCACACAAACACUUGUACAUAUUAUUCCUUAGCAGUAUUAUAAAUAAUAGCCAAAAGGUUGAAACAACCCAAAUAUUUAUCAACUGAUGAGUGGAUAAACAAUGUAUAAUCUAGCUAUAUGAUGAAAUAUUAUUCAGCCAUUAAAAGGGAUGAAGUUCUGAUACAUGCCACAACAUGUGUGAGCCUUGAAAGCAUUAUGUUAUAAAGUCAGUUCCAAAAGACCACAUAAAUUUGUACAAAAAGUCCAGAAUAGGCAAGUCUAUAGAAAUACAAAGGCUAGUAGUUGCUGGGGCUGAGAGAAGAGAGAAUGGGAGUGACUGCUAAUAGAUAACAGAGUUUCUUUUUAGGAUGAUGAAAAUGUUCUAGAAUUUUAUAGUGGUGCUGUUGUACAUGUGAUAAAAAUCACUAAGUUGCAGACUUAGAGAUAUAUCAGAAAAUGGAUGGAUGUGGUGGUAGAACUCACGUAGCUAACGGAAGAAACCAAUUAUGAGGAAUAUAUUUUUUAAAUGAAAAAUUAGUCUGAAGAGUAUCUAGUCAGAAACAAAAGAAAAAGGGAGUCAAAAUUAAUAUGAGAAGACACUUUCAUCUCACUUUAAAGUCUCUAUUAAGGGUUUUCUUCAUCUUUAAGACAGAAAAGCAGCUAAAAAUUAGUGAUGUUUGGUCAAGAUGUGUAAGACGAAUUAAAACAAGAAAUACAUUGAAGCAAUGUAUCUAUCCACUGUUUACAUUUUCACUGAGAAACGUACUGGUAUUAUUCACUACCAGACUGUCUUUGUGUUGGAUACAAAAAGGUGGUAGACCAAAUUAUAGUAGCCACAUAAACAGGCCUGACAAGUAUGUGGUGUAUGUACUACCAGUCUCUACUCUUGCUCCUUUGUCAGAUGUGGCCUAAGUCAUCCCUCGCUUUCCUGUUUAUUCCAGACACACCACCAGAAUCUUUCUGAAUCUAGAAUUCCUAUUAGCCAUUACUGCUUAAUUAGAAUUGCCACUUAAGGUUAAGCUUAUUUGCUAUUCUUUGUAUAUAUCAAAUUUGUUCUAUGAAAAUAUUUGUAUUCCAUAUAUAAAUAGGAAAUUAAAGAUAACAUUUGAUCAGGUUUUCUAUAAUAAUCCGUUAUGUCAGAGCAGUUGUUCUGUUUUUUUUUUUUUCUCCACAAAACAACCUUUACUUCAAGUGAAAGUUUAGCAUAUAAAACAAGGGAAUGCAGAGCUGCAUGAGUUGAAUGAGAGGUUGGAAUAGGUAUGAUUAAAAUUGCUGGCAGUACCAAAUGUUGGAAUGUGGAGCAACUGGAAGUCUCAUAUUUUACUGGUGCGAAUAUAAAAUGGUCAUACUGGAGAACUCUUUAAGCAGUAUGGGUCAUCUAUCCUAUGACCUAGCAAUCCCAUUCCCAGAUAUUGACCCAAAAGAAAUGAAAACAUCUAUCCACCAAAAGAUUUGUAUAAAAAUGUUCAUAGCAGCUUUAUUCAUAAUAAAACUUAGAAACAACCCAGAUGUUCAUCAUUAGGCAAAUAGAUAAUGAAAUUGAAGUAUAUUCACACAAUGAAAUAAUAACCAUAAAAAUGAAGAAACUACUGAAAGGUACAACGUGAACGAAUCUUAGAAAUUAUAUUGAGAGAUUGUCUGGAUUAUCUUUCUGGAAUAAUUUUACCAAAACAAGCUAUUUGCGUUUAGACUUGGCAAGGCAAGAUACGUCAGUGGAUUCUCUUUGUGAAUGGAAAAAAAACCAUUCUUAUUUUGUAUAGAGGCCUCCUCUUUUUGUAACUUAUUUUUUAUUGGUAAAAAUUAAUUCAAAUGUACUUAAAAUUAUGUUGAGAGAAAGAAGAUAGACAUAAAAAUACUUAAUGCAUACUAUAUGAAGUCUAAGAACAGGCAAAACUGAUUUAUUGAAAUAGAAAUCAGAAGGUGGUUGCCUCCAAGUGAAGGUCUGUUGGCUGGAAAAGGGUACAGGAAAUUUCUGGAUUGGGGAUAUGUUUUAUAUCUUGUUUUGAGUAUCAAUUACAUAGAUUUAUACAAUUAUCAAGACUCAUUGAAAUAAACAUAGGAUGUAUGCGUUUUAUUUUAUAUAAAUUGUAUAUCAAUGUUCAAAGUGUUAAGGCAGUUGAAUAACACUUAGUGUAAAACUUACAUUCUGAAAUUGGCUCUGUAUCAUUCUUUAAGAAGGGAUCUGAAGUACAGAUCCCAGUCUGAGGCAGAAACAGUGGGAUUGAAGAGCUAAGGAUGUUAAUUGGGAAGAAAAACUAGGGGUGGGCAAAUAAGUAUAUGCUAGGAAUUUAAACUAAUUUAUUAAUGUGUUUUCUGAAAAUUAGAAUUUCUGCUUUUUAUUUCCUAUGAUAUGAAAAUCAUAUGUUAUAAUAGAUCUGAGGAAAACAUGAUUGUACUUCUAGGUUCAUCCCACUAAGCAUUUAAAGCUUACAUUUCAUUCAUUGAAAUUUGGUUUGUAUUGUAUUUUCUAACCAGCUAGAUGUCUUCCUGAAUAUAUUUAGAUUCUUAGUGAUUUUAGUAAUAAAAUUUAUUUUUGAAAUGCUUGUAAAUCUUACAAACUUCUGAAACCUUUUGUUUCCUAAUCUUUGUUAUUUGUGAAGAGUUUUUUUUUCCUUUGGAUUUAUGCUACAUGAAUAAAGUCAUAAUCAACUUUUAAUUUUGUAUUUAAUUUAGUCUCCUUGAAAAUAUGCAGUACAACAAAUGAUCAUUGUGUAUAUUUAAGGGCUUAAGUUCAAGGUUUACAAUGGGGACUAUCAGGAAUGAAGAUAAGCUAGGCGUUAUGCUAGUAGCCAACUGCUUGGCUAUCCGCUUUCUGAAAUCUUUCCCUGAAGAUACCUUCUGUGUUCACAAUUCAUAAAUAGGCUGCAUUACCUGAAGAUACCUUCAGUAUCCACAUUUCAUAAAUAGACUGCAUUACUUCUUGAGUGGAUGUAAACUCAAAACAAAAGUGAUUUCUCUUUGAAAACUACAUUUCCCUGUUUGCGGUAGCCUGCUCUUCUAAAUUGUAUUGUUGAUGACCACAUUGUUAAAAUUUGAAGAGCUGGGUGUAUUACAGAUAAAUGGCUAAUAAGAAAUUGACUGUAUUUGCAUAAUAAUUUUCAGAAGGAAAGAAUCAGACUUUUUUUAAUAAAGCAGUUAUCUGGGAAUACAUGGAGCCAGUAAUGGUCCCCUUUAUACUCAAUACCAAACCCUUCAGGUGAAGUGGAUCCUUUAAAAGAAAAAAAAAAAAAAGCACGAGGCACGGUAGCUCACACCUGUAAUCCCAGUACUUUGGGAGGCUGAGGUGGAUCACCUGAGGUCAGUAGUUCAAGACCAGCCCGGCCAACAUGGUGAAACCCCAUCUCUGCUAAAAAUACAAAAAUUGACCGGGUAUGGUGGUGGGUGCCUGUAAUCCCAGCUACUUGGGAGGCGGAGGCAAGAGAAUCACUUGAACCCAGGAGGUGGAGGUUGCAGUGAGCUGAGACCGCACCAUUGCACCCCAGCCUGGGCAACAAGAGUGAAACUCUGUCUCAAAUAA